AUGAAAUAUCUUGGGAUUCCUUUGAUUUCUACUAAGCUUUUUAAUAGAGAUUGCAAGGGUCUUAUAGAUAAAGUAAAGAAGAGAGUCAAUGAUUGGAAAAACAAAUCCCUGUCUUAUGCUGGAAGACUUCAAUUGAUAAGUGUUGUUCUUGCUUCGCUUCCUGUUUAUUGGGCUUCAGUGGUUUUAUUACCGAAAGGCAUAAUUAAAGAAGUUGAAAAAAUAAUGAGGAAUUUCCUUUGGAACAGUGGGCAGAAUUGUAAAGGAGUUGCCAAGGUGUCAUGGAAUAAAAUUUGCAAACCAAAGAUUUAUGGUGGUCUUGGGCUAAAAAAUCUCAAAGACUGGAACAUUGCUCUUCUGUCGAGUAGAGUUUGGAAGCUUAUUAGUGGACAAAAUUCCCUGUGGGUGAAAUGGGUUAAUUUUUAUUUACUUGAAGGUAGAAGCUUUUGGGAUGUGGGUUCAAAAGAUAAAAUGAGUUGGAGCUGGAGGAAUCUUUUAAAGAUUAGACCUUUUUUGCGAGAUUUUUUCUAUUCUCAGAUUGGAAAUGGAGAGAAGACUUUCAUGUGGUUUGAUAAUUGGCAUCAAUUGGGACCUUUGAGCUAUGUUCUUUCUCCUAGGGAAAUUACUAAUGCUGGAUAUAACAUAAGGGACAAAGUUAGUGAUGUUAUUGUUGAUGAAAAUUGGAAUUGGCCUGCUGAAUGGCUUGAAAUGAUUCCUCAGUUGGGUGAUUUCCCUGUGCCAAGGCUCAUUAGAGAGAAAAAAGAUGAAGUGUAUUGGGUGAAUUACAAAGGUAAGAUUGUCCCAUUCACGGUUAAUCAGGUCUCUUCUUCUCUUAUAUGCCAUGAGACAAUUGUUGACUGGUAUGAUUUGGUUUGGUUUCAAAACAAGAUACCAAGUCAUUGUUUCAUUCUUCGGCUUGCUAUUCUUGGAAGACUUAGAACACAAGAUAGAAUGAAGAGAUGGAAAGAUUCUAUUGAUCUCAGUUGUGUUUUUUGCAAUUCUCAAAUGGAUUUUCAUUCUCAUCUGUUUUUUGAUUGUAAAUACCCAAAGGAAGUGUGGAACUUGAUGAAAGAUAAGGUGAAAAUCAAUCAUAGACCAGGCAAUUGGUUUGAAAUCAUCAAUGAGCUCCAAUGUGCGUUAAAAAAGAAAAGUAUCAGUAACUUCAUUAAAAAGACAGCUUUGGCGGCUUCCAUUUAUCACAUCUGGAAUGAAAGGAAUAAAAGAUUGUUUGGGAAACAGAGUAAUUCAGUGGAAAAUGUUGUCAAAAUUAUCACAUAA